CCCUUUUUGACUGUGAAAUUGUAAACAAUGCCGGUGGCAGGAAAUCUCAUGAAAAUCCGCUUAAUUUCCACACUCUUCCCACGUCUCAUCGUGCGAAAUCUCUCCACAAAGCCUGUUAGUGAGGUGAAACCCACUUUGGAGAUAAAUCGCCGUGUGUAUCGUCCAGACGAGUGGACAAAUGUCAAUCCUAGAAUUCUGUCUUUUCUGGAGCGUCGGAUUCACGUUCAGGAACACCAUCCGCUCUCGAUAGUGCGCCAGAGGAUUGUGAAGUACUUCGGUCAGAGGUACCGGAACUCGAGGGGAAACCCAGUGUUCAGCACUCACGAUUCAUUGAGUCCUAUUGUGAGUGUGGAGCAGAAUUUUGAUAGUCUUCUGAUUCCUGGAAAUCAUCCCAGCAGAGAAAAGUCCCAGUCUUACUACCUGAACAGGGACUUUAUGCUGCGUGCUCAUACAACGGUACACCAGGCGGAACUUAUCUCGGCGGGAUUGGAUAACUUCCUGAUCGUGGGAGAUGUUUACAGGCGGGAUGAAAUUGACUCCACACACUAUCCUGUCUUUCACCAACUCGAUGCCGUGAGAAUUCACACGCAGAAGAGUCUCUUCGGCGAGGUGGAUCUUGAAGUGAUGGUGGAAAAUACUGCUGGCCAGGAGGAAUCCACUCAUCAACCGUGUCAUACUUUGGAGGCAGUGAAACUGGCCGAGAAGGAACUGAAAGACACUCUGGUGGGACUGGUGAAGAGUCUGUUCGGCGAGAAAAUCAAGUAUCGCUGGGUGGAGGAGACUUUUCCCUUCACUCACCCUUCCUGGGAGCUAGAGAUCUUCCAUCGUGACAAAUGGAUGGAGAUUCUGGGCUGUGGCAUCAUGCGACAUGAGAUUCUAAAGCGCUGUGGCCACACGAAUGCCAUUGGAUUUGCUUUUGGCCUGGGACUGGAACGCUUGGCUAUGGCGUUGUUCCAGAUUCCGGACAUUCGUCUGUUUUGGAGCCGAGAUUCCGGCUUCCUGAGUCAGUUUCACGACGACAUGCCGCAUGGGAAGGUGUACAAAGCGGUUUCGGUGUAUCCUCAGUGCUCGAAUGAUCUCUCUUUCUGGCUGCCAGGCACAUCCGGAGGUGAUUCCUUCGACCACAAUGACUUCUACGACGAGGUGAGGAGCAUCGGCGGAGACAUGGUGGAGCAGGUGCUGCUGCGUGACCAAUUUAAGCAUCCCAAGAGCGGCAGAACGAGCCUCUGCUUCCGCAUAAUCUACAGGCACAUGGAGAAGACACUCACGCAGGCGGAAGUGAAUGAGAUUCACGCCAAGAUAGGACAAAAUGCUGUGGAGAAGUUCAACGUGGAGAUUAGAUAGAAGUCCAGGAAUAUUUAUUAAAGAGCAAGAAGCCUAA